AUGGCGCCGAAUCUCACUGAAGAAGAAAUCGACGAUCUCGUGUAUUUCGCCAGAGUAGGCGAGGAUGCGGAUCUUACCGAGACGCUGACGGCCUUGUCAGAGCGCGAGAAGGCGACUCCAGCUGAGAUUCUGCUGGCCGCUAAGGAUGAGGGCAAAUCAACGGCUUUACACAUGGCGGCAGGAAAUGGCCAUUUAGAAACUGUUCGCAAACUCAUUCAAUAUUUUGAUGAGAGACCAAAGGAAGAGAAGAAGACUUUCCUGGACGAUGCCAAUGAGCAUGGAAACACCGGUAUGCACUGGGCUGCUCUUGGAGGCCACCUGGACAUUGUCAAGCUUCUCAUGGAACAAGGUGCUUCACCUGCACUGGCCAAUGAGCGAAACUACGUUCCCCUGGACCUGGCUUACUUUAACGAACACAACGACGUUGCGCAAUUCUUUUUGGCAUCUGCCGGCAUGCUGGAGGAGAAGAACCAGGAGAGCGGAUUGAACGGUGCCGUAGAGGCGGUCAAGCUGGAAGAGAAUGAAGGCGAAGGAGAGGAUAACUAA